GCGGAGAGGCGGGCGGGCAGCUCCCGGUGCUGGUCGCGUCGUGGUCCCGGUCCCUGGCCCGGCCCGGCCCGGCCCGGCCCGGCCCCGCCAUGCCCGCCGCCAUGAGCCCCGCCGCGCCCGCCGCGCACGAGGCGCUGGAGGCCGCGGGCCGCAUCAUUGACCGGCAGAUCCAGGACGACCGCUGCUACCCGGACCUGUCCGAGCUGCUGGCCGUGCCGGCGCCCGGUAGCCCCACCGUUUCUGGUAUGACAGAUAUGGAUUAUCCUUUGCAAGGUCCAGGUCUGCUGUCAAUACCUAAUCUUCCAGAGAUCAGCUCAGUCCGCAGAGUCCCACUUCCUCCAGAGCUAGUGGAGCAGUUUGGACAUAUGCAAUGCAAUUGUAUGAUGGGAGUGUUUCCAGAAAUCAGCAGAGCAUGGCUAACCAUUGACAGUGACAUUUUUAUGUGGAACUACGAAGAUGGGGGAGAUCUAGCUUAUUUUGAUGGCCUCAGUGAAACUAUCCUUGCUGUGGGUCUUGUAAAACCAAAGGGAGGUAUAUUCCAGCCUCACGUACGACACUUACUUGUUCUGGCAACUCCUGUGGAUAUUGUGAUUUUAGGGCUCAGUUGCUCUAAUAUACAAGCAGGUACUGGAUCACUCAAUGAUAGUAUGUCUGGAGGAAUGCAGCUGCUACCAGACCCUCUCUAUUCACUCCCUACUGACAAUACUUACAUUCUGGCAAUAACAUCCACUGAUAAUGGACGUAUCUUUUUGGCUGGAAAGGAUGGAUGCUUGUAUGAAGUUGCUUACCAGGCUGAGGCAGGUUGGUUUAGCCAGCGAUGUAGGAAAAUUAAUCAUUCAAAGAGCACACUGUCUUUCCUUAUUCCUUCGUUGCUACAGUUCACAUUCUCAGAGGAUGAUCCUGUAGUUCAAAUUGCCAUUGACAACUCGCGAAAUAUCUUAUACACCCGUUCAGAAAAAGGAGUACUGCAAGUUUACGAUUUGGGUCAAGAUGGUCAAGGAAUGACCAGGGUUACUUCUCUUUCACAAAAUGCCAUAGUUUCUGCUGCUGGGAGCAUUGCCAGAACAAUAGAUCGUUCUGUAUUUAAACCUAUUGUUCAAAUAGCAGUGAUUGAAAAUUCUGAAUCCAUAGACUGUCAACUGCUGGCAAUCACACACGCAGGUGUCCGACUGUAUUUUAGUACUUCACAAUUUAAGCAUCCAACAGCUCGUCCCUCUAUGUUAACAUUGGUUCAUGUCCGUUUGCCACCUGGAUUUUCAGCAUCUUCUAAUGUGGAGAAGCCCUCAAAGGUUCACAGAGCUCUUUAUAGCAAAGGAGUCCUGCUGAUGGUAGCUUCAGAAAAUGAGGAUAAUGACAUACUGUGGUGUAUCAAUCAUGAUUCUUUCCCUUUUCAAAAGCCAAUGAUGGAAACACAGAUGACCACCCGUGUUGAUGGGCAUUCCUGGGCUCUUUCUGCUAUUGAUGAAUUUAAAGGUCAGAAGAUUGUGACACCUCUCAAUAAAGAUAUUGUUCCAAUAACUGAUUCCCCUGUUGUUGUGCAGCAACACAUGCUGCCACCUAAGAAGUUUGUUCUGCUUUCAGCCCAGGGGAGCUUUAUGUUUCAUAAACUCAGACCUGUUGACCAGCUGCGGCAUCUUCUUGUUAGCAAUAUAGGUGGAGAUGGAGAAGAGAUUGAAAGAUUUUUCAAGUUGCAUCAGGAGGAUCAGGCCUGUGCCACUUGCCUUAUCUUGGCCUGUUCUAAUGCUGCAUGUGAUAGAGAAGUAUCUGCCUGGGCUACACGAGCAUUCUUCAGGUAUGGUGGAGAGGCACAAAUGAGAUUUCCAUCAGCUCUGCCUCCUCCAAGCAACGUUGGACCUAUUUUAGGUUCUCCCAUUUCUGCUGUGACAGGUCCAUGUGGAAGACGUCACCGUUCUGCCACUGCUCACUCUAUUUGUUCACAGGUUUCCCAGUUGACUGUUGAUACUCCAUAUCCUAAUCCUAGCUUUUUGACAACACAUGGGCAAGCUUUACAGUCUCCUGGUAUGUCGACUCCCAUGUUUCCUUCUGGGAAUUCCAUGUCUCACCCUGGUACAUCUGUUAGCGGUAUGAUGGGUCCAGAGAUAGUAUUUUCUGGAAGACACAAUGGCAUCUGCAUAUACUUUGCUCGGAUUAUAGGAAAUAUUUGGGAUGGCAGUAUAGUGGUGGAGCGAGUUUUCAAAAGUGGCAAUCGAGAAGUUGUUGCAUUAGAAAGCAGUGUUCCAUCCCAUGUGCUGGAAUGUGUACUACAAGAACUCAAAGGUUUACAAGAAUUUCUGGAUAGAAAUUCUCAGUUUGCUACAGUAGGAGCUCUUGGAAACCCAAGUUUCAGCACACCAGCUAAUCUCCAGCAGAGGCUUCUGGGUUUCAUGAGGCCUGAUGGUGGAAGCUCUCAGCAAGUGCAACAAGAACUCCAGAGGAAAUAUCAUGCUGAGGCACAGUUAACUGAGAAAACUUCACUUCAAGGCAUCCAGCAGCUCGUUCGCAAAACCUGUCAGGCACUGGCAUUAUGGAAACUGCUGUGUGAGCACCAAUUUAAUGUUGUUGUGGGUGAGCUUCAGAAGGAACUGCAAGAACAUCUAAAGAUUACUGCUUUCAAAGACUUGGUGAUUAGAGACAGAGAGUUGACGGGAGCACUCAUUGCUUCUCUUAUAAACUGUUAUAUCAGAGAUAACGCUGCUGUGGAUGGCAUCAGUGCCCAUUUGCAAGAUAUCUGUCCUCUUCUCUAUAGCACUGAUGAUGCUGUCUGUUCCAAGGCAAAUGAACUGCUUCAGCGAUCUCGACAGGCUCAAAACAAACUGGAAAAAGAGAAGAUGCUAAGAGAGUCACUGAAAGAGUACCAAAAGAUUAGCAAUCAAGUAGACCUUGCUAAUGUUUGUGCACAAUAUAGGCAAGUGCGUUUCUAUGAGGGAGUAGUAGAACUGUCUCUUACUGCUGCUGAGAAGAAAGAUCCCCAAGGUCUUGGCCUUCAUUUCUAUAAAAAUGGAGAACCAGAAGAGGAUGUUGUGGGACUCCAAGCUUUUCAAGAGAGACUUAACAGCUACAAGUGUAUCACUGACACCCUUCAGGAGUUAGUGAAUCAAAGUAAAGCUGCUCCCCAGUCUCCCAGCGUACCCAAAAAACCAGGUCCUCCAGUGCUGUCAUCUGACCCCAACAUGCUCAGCAAUGAAGAAGCAGGACACCAUUUUGAACAAAUGCUAAAGCUAGCUCAACGUUCAACGGAUGAACUCUUUAGUAUUGCACUUUACAACUGGCUGAUACAAGUUGAUCUGGCUGACAAACUAUUACAGGUGACUGCCCCCUUUUUGGAACCCUACCUUGUGCGGAUGACCAAGAUUGACCAAAACAAAGUUCGUUAUAUGGAUUUACUGUGGAGAUACUUUGAAAAGAACAGAAAUUUUAGUAAUGCAGCCCGAGUCUUGGCUAAAUUGGCUGACCUACAUAGCACAGAAAUUUCUCUACAGCAGCGUCUUGAAUACAUCGCACGUGCUAUUUUGAGUGCCAAAAGUUCCACUACCAUAUCUUCUAUAGCUGCAGAUGGUGAAUUCCUACAUGAACUUGAAGAAAAAAUGGAAGUUGCGAGGAUUCAGCUUCAAAUACAAGAAACAUUACAACGGCAAUAUUCCCAUCAUUCUUCAGUGCAAGAUGCAGUCUCACAGCUUGAUGCUGAGCUGAUGGAUAUAACCAAGCUAUAUGGAGAAUUUGCUGACCCUUUUAAGCUCUCAGAGUGUAAGCUUGCAAUUAUACACUGUGCAGGUCAUUCUGAUCCUAUCUUGGUGCAAACUCUCUGGCAAGAAAUCAUCGAGAAAGAGUUGAGUGAUAGUGUGUCUCUGAGCCCUGCUGACAGAAUGCAAGCACUUAGUCUAAAGAUGGUUUUGCUUGGAAAAAUAUAUGCUGGCACACCUCGUUACUUUCCUUUAGAUUUUUUAGUGCAGUUUCUAGAGCAACAGGUCUGUGCUUUGAACUGGGAUGUAGGUUUUGUAACAUAUACCAUGCAAGAAAUUGGAGUGCCAUUGCCAAGGCUGCUUGAAGUAUAUGACCAGUUGUUUAAAGCACGGGACCCAUAUUGGAAUAGGAUGAAAAAGCCUUUACACCUUUUAGAGUGUAUUCACGUAUUAUUGUCGGGAUAUGUACAAGAUCCAAGCAGAGUACUUAUGAGGCGACGAUUCACAAAUGUUUGCUUGGAUGCCGUUAGUUGCUACCUGGUUGAACUUCAGUCUAUGAGCCCGACGCUAGCAGUGCAGACAACCAUUGGGAAUUUUAAAUCACUACAGGCUAAAUUAGAGCGUCUUCACUGAUUGACUAAUUAAAUAAUAAUAAUAAAAAGUGUUAGCUCAGAUAAAAUGAACUAUAAAAUAAAAGUUCAGAUGUCUGCACUGAAUCUCUGGAAGAACAAAUAGAAAGAAAUUUUAAGAAAGUUGCAUCUCCUGCUGCAAUUAUCGAUUGUGUGGUCUGUAUUCCUGCUCAUCUAAAGGUAUCUACAAAUUGUAGGAUGUAAAUGUGACAAAUUGAGUUUCUUUUGCUACUACCAAUUUUUUUAAUGAUAGAACGCUCUUUUUUAUACUGUUGAAAUAAAGGACAUUGUAUGGUCUUUCCCUUCAGAAUUAAAAAUAUUUGGUAAAUAUUUUCCUUUUUCUUUACUUAACAUAAAAGAAUGGAGAAAAAUAAGGGUUAGAAUCUACUUUAUUAUCUGUUUCACAAGUAUCAAAACAAGACAUGAAAACUGUGAAAGGCAAGAUGAUGAUAAAAGCACAUGUUGAAGGAGUCAUACUGUAAACAUGGUCAUAUCGGGGAGUAGUGAUGCAACCCUAACUCUAGCUGUGUUCUAUUGGCAAGUUUCAAUAACAAUGAGAAUUGUUUCAUAACUGCCACUUUCACUAUGACCUAUAAAUAGUAUGUUUGGAAUGAAACUGCAGCAAUUAGCAAUCUAAUUUAUACUGAAA